AAACGUUGAAUAGUGAAAAGAAAAGAAAAUAAAUAGAAUAGGAAAAACACUCAGCUUUCUCAGCACCACCAUGUGGGUUGGUGUAGUGGCAAAGAACUCUUUUCGAAUCCAAGCUCAAAAAGGACCAGCAUUUCCCAGAAAAUUCUUGUUACCAAGAAACGAAAAGAGAUUGAAUUUUUCGAAAGGUUCUAACUUUAUGCAUGCCCAUGAAUCGAUCUUAAUCCCAGAUUUGGCGGAGGAGCUCAUCCGUUUUCUCUGUUAAGAGUACAGUACUUGAUACAGUGUGGUCCAUUUGCCUUAUUGGAUCUUUGAGUUGUCUUGUCUAAAUGAAGGCCUCUUUAAACGGCUACAUCAUCUAAGUGAACUUUUAGUGUGGUCUUGUGAAGAAACAGAACUUUUAUUUUGGAGGGGGGCUUGAUGGGUAAAGAGAAUCAGUUGGAGACAGCAAACUGUGGAGUCAAUGAUCACGGUUCUCCACCCGUCAAGAACAACGAGGAGCUAGCAGCAGUUGAGGCGCGUUACAGUACAGAGAGUGACUCUGGUUUGCCAACUUGUCGUGUAUGCCACUCUACAGAAUCCGACAAACGGGGAGAUGCUGCCUUGGGACUUUUGGAGAUCACUCCUCCUCUUCCAGAAGCUCGUAAAAGCAAUGCAGACGAAGCUGGUGAUGCUGAGGCUGAGCAGAAGAGUUGUAUCGUCAAGAGCAACAUUGAUAUCGAAAUGGGAAUCCAGCAGCAUCAUCAAGAUGCAUUGGUUGAGCUUGGAUGUUCUUGCAAAAACGAGCUUGCGUUGGUACACUACGCUUGUGCGCUCAAAUGGUUCCUCAACCAUGGAUCUACAGUCUGUGAGAUCUGCGGAAAUGCGGCGGAAAAUAUAAAAACUGGUGAUUUCAACAAAGUGGUCAUUGCCUUGAGAGACUACACGGCGCUAAGAGAAAGAACAGAUCCAAACUCUGUACUACCGGUGAGUACAGAUGAAGUGGCUGCCAUUAGAAGGCAACGACUUAGUGAGAUAUCUUCAUGGUUUGGCCCUCAUUCUCUUAACAACAACAAUAGCUCUGUUGCUGCUUCUCAGGAACAACCUUUAGGUGUUGUGAGCUUUGACAUGUUGCCUAUGGAAAACCGUGCAACUAAAUGGGCUGUGGAAGGUACAGGGAUUCUACUAGCUACCGGUUUACUCACUGUUACUUUGGUCUGGCUCAUUGCUCCUCGUGUUGAUAAGAAAACUGCUAGGAGUGGAAUUCAUAUCCUUCUUGGUGGUCUAUGUACUUUAAUAAUAGUCAUCUUCUUCAGAUUUGUUGUGCUGACGAGAAUUAGGUAUGGUCCUGCACGCUACUGGGUAAUCUUAUUCAUCUUCUGGUUUCUUGUGUUUGGUAUUUGGGCUUCUCGUUCGAAUGCUCACGAUGCCACUUGAAUCCAUCUCUGUGCUCUCUCUCUCUCUUCUUUGUAAUCUUAAUGUACAUUGCUUCUUCAAAGAAAAAAUAAGCUUAUGCUCAUUAAUUAUGAUGAAUGUAUAUAGGUUUGCAAUGGGCAAUGUUGCUUGUUACAUUUCCUCUGUUUCCACUUCAUGUCAACACAUCUUUCAUCAUCAAGCUAUAAUAACUAGAGAAUUUUUUAUCA